CUUGUCACAAAAACUAUUUUGAAAAGGUUUACAGUGUAAGAUUGAUUGAUCACUGGGUUUAGUAGGUAUAUAAAAUGCGUUUUUGACCAUUGAAAAAAGGUAGUAUUUACUUAUAUCAGCAAAAUGAAAAGUGUAUUUAUUUUAUUUGGCUUGCUGGCCAGUUCUUGUGCAUUUCCUUCGGAAGAGAUCGAUAUUAUCUCCCGUUUGACACCACGCCACAUUGAAGUUCCACUUCCAGAAAAAUAUCGCAACGAUCAACCUGCUCUCAGAAUCAUUAACGGCCGUGAUGCUGAACCAGGUACUCUUCGCUACCAAGCGGGCUUGGUAAUGGAUAAUCGUAAUAUAUGCGGUGGUUCCUUGAUCAGACACAAUUACGUCUUGACUGCUGCUCAUUGUGCUGAAAAUGUUGAUGAAUUCCAAGUGAUCCUCGGCUCUCACACAAUCACUGAUAAACUCGUCACCCAUCAAGUAAUAGUCUCCAAACUUUAUUAUAUACAUCCUGCAUGGAAUAUUACCACCAGAACCAAUGACGUUGCAAUCAUCAAAAUUGAUAGCGUAGCUGAUAAUCCUUCGGUUGAAAUUAUUCCAUUGGCUCCCGGAAAUGCAAGUGAUUUUGCAAAUGCUUAUGCUACACUCUCUGGAUGGGGAAGAUUUAACCGGGAAAGCAUCGACUUCGCAUCAUACCUUCAAGUUGUCGAACUUCAAAUAAUGACCAACAAGGAAUGCAGCAAUGACUUCCCGGGUUUUAUCCAGUCACAACACAUUUGCACUAGAGGAAACUACAGUGGCCAUUCUGCUGGACCUUGCAACGGCGACUCUGGUGGUCCACUUGUGGUCAACGGCCUUCAAGUUGGUAUUGUAUCUUUUGGAUCGCCCGGAUGUGGUGCGGGAAUGUCAUCAGCAUAUUCCAGAGUAUCAUCUUUCGCUGAAUAUAUUGAGUCUAUUGCUGGACGCGAAUAAAGUUUCCGAAUGUUUAUGUUUAUGUAAAAAAUAAAUCUAAUGUGUUUAUAACUGCAUACUCAAUU